AUGCAGGCACUUGCAUACAAUUCAGUUAAAGAACACUUCGAAAGCCCAAGCCAAGAACCACCCUUACUUUUAAUAAUAAAUGGAUUUGCAGGAACUGGCAAAAGUUACCUUAUAAGUGCUUUAAGAUCUCUACUACAGCAAUCUUGCAUUGUGACUGCCACUACUGGAAAGGCAUCAUUUAAUAUCAAUGGCAAAACAAUUCAUUCAGUAUUAAAUUUACCUGUUGGUCCAAGAGGUAACAAUGAUCUUAAAGGAAAGUCUCUUUUAAGGUUGCAAGACCGGUUACGUGAUGUUAAAUAUAUCUUAAUUGAUGAGUAUUCUAUUCUCGGCCAGACAUUGCUUGGCUGGACUGACAAACGAUGCAGGCAAGCAACUGGACUACAUGAUGAAAUUUUUGGGGGAAAAUCUAUUAUUUUGGUAGGUGAUCCAGCACAGUUACCACCUGUUGCAGACAAACCUUCAUAUCAUACAAAGCCCACAGGACCUAUUGGCAAACAAGGGAACAUUGCAUAUUUAAUGUUUGAUAAAGUAGUAAGAUUAUCUGCCAAUCAGAGGGUACAGGGCUCCAGUGCUAUGCAGCUUGCCUUUAAAAAUUUAUUGAUGCGUCUUCGCACUGGUGAUUCUACUGAACAAGACUGGCAACUUCUUUUAUCUCGUCAACCAUCACUGGUUGCAAAUCUAAAUGAAUUUGACGAUGCUAUAAAAUUAUUUUAUGGUAACAAUGAUGUUGCUGUUGGUGACAAUCACCAAGAACUGCUGAAGCUUUCUCAACCAGUAGCUUGCAUUCAAGCUCGCCAUUCAUCUUCCACUGCUAAAUCAUUACCUCCUGAUGAAAUGUCUGGAUUAGUACCUAUCUUAUUUCUUGCCAGACAUGCUUCCGUAAUGCUUACAAUGAAUUUAUGGCCAGAAGUUGGACUGUGUAAUGGAGCUACUGGAAAAGUUGUAGACAUCAUAUUUGCCGAAAAUCACUCACCACCAGAUUUACCAAUAGCAGUUAUGGUUAAAUUUGACUAUUAUACAGGGCCAUCAUUUACUGAGUUACUAUCAAAAUGUGUGCCAGUGUGCCCUAUCACAGUAACAUCUCAUUCACUUGAUACUUUUCAUGAAAGACAGCAAUUACCUUUAAGGCUUUCCUAG